AUGUCUGUGAAGAGCUUCGUUGAUAACGAGAUCGCGACCAACAAGGUUGUACUGUUUGGCAAGUCCUACUGUCCUCACUGCAAGAAGGCAAAGGAGGCCCUCGCUUCAAUCGACGUUACUCCUAAGGUUAUCGAGCUCGAUGAACGUGAAGACUGCUCUGACAUUCAAGACUACUUGGGUCAGCUCACUGGUGCUCGCAGUGUACCUCGUGUGUUUGUGAAUGGUAAAUUCAUUGGAGGCGGUGAUGACACCGUGGCCAAGGUGAAGAGUGGAGAGUUGAGAACGUUAGUCCAGGCAUAA